UCAUGAAGUAAACAACGUUUUUUUACCAAUUCCAUCGUCAUGUACCCGUCUUCCGUGUCUUUCAAAGAUGUUCUGCUCGAUCACGACUACCACAAAGGCACCACAGAGCAACUUUUCCUCGCACAACCAAAUGACGCCUCCCGAAUCCGCUUCUGCCUUCAAUCCCUGUACGAAGAACCGCCCGGAAGUUUGACUAGUUUGCCCGACGCCACGGAAAUGUGCAAGCCAAAGAACGAUUCAGCUGCUUUAAGAGCUCGCCAGAUCGGAAAUGACUAUUUUGCGUCAGAAGACUUCAUUUCAGCCAUGGAUUGGUACAACCGAAGCAUUUGUUAUGCGCCAAAAGACUCGGAAAACCUCGCAUUGGGAUACGCAAACCGAUCUGCGGUCUUUUUGAAGACGGGAUUUUUCAAAUUUUGCCUGGAAAACAUCGAAAUCGCGUUGAAUCUCAAUUGUCCGAGCGGUGUGAAGGAAAAAUUGCUGAAACGACAGGAAGAUUGCUUGGAAAUAAUGUCAAAACGAAGAGAUAACCAAGAAAUUUACGACGCCGCUUACGAUCCAUGGAGUUUGACGCAUCCCGAGGGGAAGAAAACUGUUCCGAUGGUCAUCGAGGGACUCGAAUUCGUCAAAAAUGACUUUGGAAGCUCGAUUUUUGCGGCACGUGAUUUGAUGCCAGGUGAGGUCUUGAUGAUCGAAAAAGCGUAUUCGAAUCACGUUAAAAAGCAUUCCGAGUUCACCAGAUGCGCAAAUUGCCUCAACCAGAACUACUUGAACCUCAUUCCGUGUGAUCGUUGUACCAAAGCGAUGUUUUGUUCCACGAAAUGUCAACUGGAAGGUGAUCGUCGUUUCCACAAAUACGAAUGUAAGAUCAAAGAUGGCAUGAUAAAGUUCUUUCCGAACUACGUUUGGCCCAUUGGAGUUGCAAUUCGUGCCGUUUUACGUGCCUUCACGAUGUUCGAUGAUCCGCAAAAGCUCAAAUCUUUCAUCGAAAAAAUCGAAAAAGAAGGCGAUAACAUCGAUUUUUUGAAUUUUAGUGAAAAGGAACAUUUUCGGGCAGCUUAUUUCUUGCCGCCGAAUAUCUUAAGAACGCCAGUUGAACUGUUCAAACACACGAGAGAAGUGGCUGCUGCUUGGUAUUUUCUUCAACGAUUCACCGAAUUACCGUUUCACUUGACAAAUCGCGCCUUGGAAGAUCUUUUCCUGUCAUUACUCUUCCGCUUUUACGAAAUCGCCAUCACGAACGGCAUCAUUUUGUGCAACAAAAACGAAGAUUUGGACACCUAUGCAACGGGAAUCUUCACUUUUGACAAACUCAUGAAGCAUUCUUGCAUGCCGAAUGUCGUGCGAAUCAACGACAAAGACGUUCUCCGGAUCGUGGCAAAGCGGAAAAUUGAAGCUGGCAACGAACUUGUGAUUAAUUACAGCGAACCGUAUUCCGUUUUCAAUCGGAAGCAGCGGCAGGAGAUUUUGCAGACGCAAUUUAAUAUUUAUUGCGCUUGUGAGGCGUGUUUGAACGAUUAUCCCGUGACAGACGAGAUGGUGCCAAGUAAUUUGGUUUUGGGAAAAGUAAUUUGUGAUGAUUUGAAGGAGUUGAAUCGGUCGUUUGAUAAGAAUUUGGCACGGAUGUUGAUUCAAAAGUAUCAGAAAUUUAUCGUGGAAAAUGAGAGUAAUCCGAAAUUGCUUGAAUUAUACGUUGCGGAGGGGGUUUUGAUAGUUGCUCUUUGUACUUUGAUGUUUGGACCUCCGUUGAAAAAUCAAUUUAAGUCCAUUUAGAGAUUUUUUUGUGAUUUUUUUGAACAUGAUUUAUUAUUUUUUGAACCUAUAUUGAAGAGAAAUAUAGAAAAAAGUUUAUUUUUUACAGAAAAUUUUAA